AUGGCCAUGAUAGCCCUCUUCGUCAUUGUCGGCUGCAUCCUCCUCGUCGUCUGGCUCAUCCUCCGCCCCAAGGUCCCCGACUUCCGAGUCGACUCGCUUUCUCUCUCCAACUUCAACGUCUCCUCCUCCUCGCAGUCCGUGACCGGCACGUGGUCCGUCGGCUUCAUGGUCUACAACCCCAACAAGAAGCUCAGUAUACGAUACGACGACGUCGAGUCCUCUAUCUACUACGGCCCCGGCUUCAUUUCGGGGACUCGGAUUCCGCCGUUCGCUCAGGGGACUAAGGAUCGGACGUCUGUCAACGCGACUUUCUCGGCGGCGAAUUCGUUCGUUGGCGCUCCGAUGGCGCGCGGCAUCGACGCGGACAAGGCGCGUGGGAGCGUGAGCUUCAACGUGAGGCUUUUGGCUAAGGUUGAGUUUCUGAGAGGUGGGUGGAGGCUGAGGCGGCGGCUCUUGAAGGUUUUGUGCCGUGGUGUGGCGGUUUCUCUUUUGUCGAAAGGCGGGCUGGGUACUUUGGGCGGUGGGUCAAGAGAUUGCCAGGUUGUUGUUUGAGAUGGGGGCAAUGCGUGUGGUGCAAAUGGUAAUUUUAUUAAUCUCUCACUUUUCAAUUGUGACAAGUUAGGAACGAGGAAUGUGUUGUUGUAUAAUUAGUAGUAAGAUGAGUUUAUGGAUUUAGGUUAAGUUGUUGUAUA